AUGACGAUGGUCCUGCUGGCGCUGGUGCUGGCAGCCACCACGCUGCUUGCUGCUGUCCGCCUUGGAUCAGCUGUGGAUGACACUGGCUGUAUCAAACUGAGCAGCUACAACUUCCCAAGCUCGUUCUGGACAGGAGAUCUGACAGCCAUCCUGCCAAACGCAAAGGACCGCUUCCGCGUUGUGGCCGCUCUGGACGACACGAGCGGGGCAGUGUCCAUCGAAUCCUGUGACAUCGCACGGGCAUAUGUUGUUGUGAACGCAACCACUGGACUGAUCGCGCGACAGGUGUUCACAGAUGCAGAGGCCUUUGCUUCGCACGCCAGCUUCUUUGUGCGGCCGUCCCUCUGGUUCCCCGGCUUUACCGCCUUCGAAUCCACGGCCAGCCCAAGCCACUACAUCAUUCACAACGGCCGGCAACUUGAGCUCGCUGUCCUGGAUGGAACCCAGGCCUUCAGGGCCGCUGGGAGCUGGAACAUCGUUGCUGGCCAAGAUUAUGCUCCGCCCAAUGCGGGAGAAGUGGUGCGGCUGUACGCGUGGGGCGCACCUGAGUCUGCCAUCACUAGUUCCGGCACCUUGUCAAACCAAGACGAAGAGCCGCUUCGUGUCGCCGCGGGACUCAACAAAGGUGGCCAUGGCGCCAUCUCCUUCGAAUCCACCAGCAAUCCCGGGAAAUACCUGGUUGUGGAAAAGCGAACUGCCAGGGCUUAUCAGGUCGUUUUUCGAGCCGUGGACACAACAUUCAAUGACCCGUAUGUGGCUUACGUCACUCUGGAAUGCGCUGCCUUCCCCGGGAACUUCCUCGCUCAGCAGGACCGCAAGUUGACAGUCAUUGUACGCAGCGAUGUGAAGGACAUCACAACGUUCAAUCAGGCCAUCUCUUGGCUUCCGGUUGAUCUUGAGGAUGACCCAGGCCAGCUGCCAACCUUGCCUCCCUUGACACCGCCCGCAGUGAGCAGCAUUGAGCAAAACAUCAAGCUGCAUUACACGUUUGACGAAGACCAAGGGUCUGUGGUGAAGGACUCUGGCUCGCUUCAUCUUGACGGAAGCUUCAAGUCCGCAAAUUCUGUUCAGCGCGUCGAUGGCAUUGCUGGCCGUGCCCUUCGCUUCACGGGAGCGGAUGACUCAUAUGUGCAGUUUGGCAGUUUCCCACAGGACAUUGUGGCCGACUUUACCGUCUCGUUGUGGAUUCGGCCCACCCGCCAACAAAUGCUGGACCGCGUGGCGUCGUCCGGUGUCACGGGGCUUGAUCAACCAUACGUUUUUUACCCGCAACAUGGUGGCGCCAUUCCAGGAGCCAACAAUGCUGGAUUUGGGAUCAGCGCGGGCACGAAUGGCGUCAGCGUGUAUGCCCACGACGCAAACUACUUGCCCUGCCUCCUUGCCCAUCGUCGCAGCAUCAGCGACUGGACACACGUGGUUGUGCGCAUGGAGGCCAGCCAGCCAAGCAUGUUCAUCAACGGCGAAUUUGCAGAAAUUGGCGUCAAGGCAGACAGGGUGGUGCACGUGUACGCGGCGUACCUGGGCUCUGCGCCCUUCAGCCACUUCAAGUCCCCGCAAUACGUCGGCGACUUGGAUGAGCUGCGCGUGUACGACCGGAAGCUCACGGAUGAUGAGAUUCGUGAGCUUUACACUGCAGAACGAACGAGGGACGAGUGUUUCUUUUUGCAGAGUUUUGAUGCGCCUGAUGCAAGAUGGGACGUUGAUGCGGAUGAUGACAUGACCAUCAUCACUUCAUCUUCAAGCACGUCCACGUUCCGAGCCGUGACUGGCUUCGCUGGCACACGUACCAUCGCUUUAGAGUCCUGCCAACGCGAAGGCCUCUUCGUUCGAGCAAAUGGCAAGAAGCUGCAGCUGUCCACCAAAGACAAGAGCGUCGAGUUUGCGCGCGCCGCGUCCCUGUAUUCCACGCUGGCAAACGCGACCGAGCCAGAUUACUUUGUGUUCGCCCCAGUCUCCUCGCCAUCAUAUCGGGUUCAUCAUCGUGCCCUGCUUUCGGCAACAGGCGACCGCGCACCACUCGAGCUGGUGAACAACGGCCGCCAGCCCGCAAGCGCCAUGUUUCUGCGCGUGUACCCGUUUCGCUCAAACCAUGGCCUGCCUUGCGACGGCAGCACGACCUACCAGGACGAGGUGGCGCGUUUUGAGUUUGAGGAAGGCAGUGGGACUGAGACGGCUGAUACGUCGUUUGGGCGCGCAACCGGCCUGCUCUCAGGCAGCAUCUCCUGGAUCAAGGGAAAACUUGGUGCCGCCGUACAGUUCAACAACCCUUCGUCCACUGCGCAGACCCCAAUCAUCUCCAUCCCCUCGUACUGGGCGGUCGUGCAGCGCGACUUCACCGUCUCCUUCUGGGCAAAGCUCCCCUCCACUGCCACCGUGUCCCGUCCGUCCUCCAGCGUGUAUGCGGGCCUUGAAGCUGGGCGCAGGUGGCUCAUUUUCCCGCCACAUGGCGAGUACGGCUUGGAGGACGUAAGCACCGCUGGCUUUGGUGUCUCCCUCGGCGCAAACGCGCUGGGCGUGUAUGCGCACACUUCAAACUACAUCCCGGCAUUGUUGUACUUUGCAUUCCCGAGCAAGCUGGCUGGCUGGCACCACUUUGCCAUUGUCGUUCGCGACAACACGCCCGCCCUAUUUCUUGACGGCGUGGCUGUCGCCCAGGGCAACCGGGCAAAGUACACAGUCACAGUUCGGCUGGACGCCCUUGGGUCAGCGCGGGGCGUGUUCUUGGGCGGACUCGAUGACCUGCGAGUGUUUGAUCGGCCCCUGCCCGCACGCGAGAUCAAGGCCGUGUUUGAGAAGGAAGACAGCCUCUCUGGUGGCGGCUGCGUUGUGGUGGACGAGCACGACGCAGCCACGCUCACCUGCAGCGGUGGCGCCGAUAACGUGAUUGCGGACAUACCCUUUGCGUCGUAUGGCACGCCAACAGGCAACACAUGUGGGGACUGGACGCCAAGCAGCUGCCACUCCGACACCAGCCGCGUCGUGGUGCUCAACGAGUGCGCGGGGAAGCACUCGUGCACUGUCCAUGCCUCCAAUACCAACUUUGGUGACCCGUGCUAUCUCACAUUCAAGCGGCUGGCCAUCGAGUUCACGUGCGUUAACAAGGCGCAGAUGGGUGACGUCGCUGUUGCCUGUGCACAGGCCGACGCUGGGGACACGGCAACCCUCACGUGUCCUGCUGGCCUCGUUGUGUCCAGCAUCGACUUUGCAAGCUAUGGCCGCCCCACAGGCACGUGCGGCAAGUUCCAGGCGGACGAAUCCUGUCAUGCACCCACCUCGGAGUCUGCGCUGUGGGAUUUGUGUCCGGGCAAGCAGACGUGCACCGUGCCCACGGCGUCCAGUUUUGCCGGCUUCAGCUGCUCCGGCUCACAGCCGCUGCAGCUCAAAGCGCAGUACACAUGUCGCAGCAGCGUGUUGCCGGAAGCGUCAUGUGUGACUGUGCUUGAGGGCUAUUCGCAGACCAUUACCUGCCCCGCCAACACCGUCAUUGCUGCCAUCCCGUUUGCAAGCUAUGGAACGCCCACAACAACGUGCGGACAGCAAGAGCUUGGCGAGUGUCACGCAACACAGACCGCAUCCAUUGUGAAGGCGCUGUGCCUGGGGCAGUCCUCGUGCACGCUUGCGUCGAACAACGGCGUCUUUUCGGAUCCGUGCCUGUACACAUACAAACACCUCUCUGUGCAGUAUAUUUGCGCGGGCGUCACCAUUGACAGCGUCGACACGUGCAAGCCCGUAUCCGCUUGUCCGCCGCUGUGGGAGGAGGUUGUUGCCCCAACCCCUUCCAGUGAUCGGGAGUGUGCGCCGUGUGCAGAUGAUGGCAGCGAGUACUUUCACGUGGCCACAGGCAUGUGUGCGCCAGUCACGCACUGCCUCGAUGAUGAUCAGUAUGAGGCCAAGCCGCCCACCGCAUCAUCUGACCGCGUGUGUUUGUCCCAACAAGCGUGUACGGAAGGCCAGGAGUUUGAGUCGGUUCCCGCCUCGGCCGCCACAGAUCGUGUGUGCUCCAAGUGUGAUGUCUGCCCUGACGACCACAGGGAAGUUGCACCGUGCACGCUGACGUCUGACCGACGCUGUGAGGCGUGCGGUACGUGUGAUGGCGGCCAGUUUGAGGAGGUGCCAUGCAGCGGCACGCAGCAGACAGUGUGUCGUGAUUGCACGGUGUGCACACCCAGGCAAUAUGAGACAUCGCCGUGCCAGCUACAGAGCGAUCGGCAGUGCAAGGACCUUCACACAUGUUCCAGGCGUGAAUACGAAACAAUCUCCCCGACAGCAACAACAGACCGCGCGUGUGCACGCCUGCAGGUGUGCGAGGACGAUGAAUUUGAGACUGUUCCACCCACCGCAACCACGGAUCGAAAAUGUCAAAUCACCACCAGCUGCCGGCCUGGCGAGGUGCAAAAGUUGCCACCAACGGCAACGAGCGAUCGGGUGUGCGAUGUGUGUCAACCAGGAACUGUGGGUGCAGGUACUCGUUGUGUACCAUGCAAUCCCGGGACGUACGCCCCACUGUACGCAACCCAGUGCUUCCCUUGCGAAGCGGGCACGGCUGAUACCGACAGCAACCCAGGGUCGCCAUGUACGCCCUGUGAUGGCGUAACAACCUAUCAGCCCAACCGCGGUCAAACCGCGUGCCUGCCGGUCUCAGAGUGCCCAGAUGGCACAGAGGAAGCCAGCGCGCCCACCACGUUCAGUGACAGGCGGUGCCGCCGAUGCCAAGCAGGGGAGGAAGUGCGCGAGAAAGAUGAUCCGGCGUGUCGCCCUGUCACAGACUGCCCUGCAGGCAUGGUGGAGUCCCAGGCACCAACCAGCUCCACUGAUCGUGUCUGCUCCCCGUGUGCCCAUGACACGUUCAAAGUGAAUGCGGGGCAAACGCCCUGCCGUCCUGUGACGGACUGUGCCCCUGGCGAAUACGUCAUAUCAACACCAACGCCCACCAGUGAUCGCCAGUGCCUCCCAUGCGAAGAUGGAACAUUUUCGGACGCUCGUAACGCCCACGCGUGCCGGGAGCAGACUACAUGCGAGCCUGGUGCUGAGUACCAGACGAAGGCAGCCACACCAACAACGGACGCCGAGUGCGAGCGCAUCAGCACGUGCCGCCCGAACCAAUACAUUGCCGUCAAUGCUACCCUGACCAGCGACGUUGUGUGUGAACUGUGCACGGUGUGUCCGUCCGGCCACACAACGGCACAGCGAUGUGGGCGGUACUCUGACGCCAGGUGCCAGAACUGCGGCGAAGAGUGUGUGCUGGGUGUCAGUUACCAGCAGCGUCCUUGCACCGCGUCGUCCUCACGAGUGUGCAAGAAGUGCACCCCGUGCAAAGCUGGCGUUGAGUAUGAGGCACAGCCAUGCACCUUGCACAACGACACCCUGUGCCGCCCAAUCACAGACUGCGCAGCAGAUGGCGCGCACUUUGAAUCUCAGCCGGCCACCGCGAGCAGCGACGCGGUGUGCUCGUCCCUGAUGCAAUGUGAUGCCGAUGUGGAGUUUGAAGCAGUGGCGCCGACACCAACGUCAAACCGAAAGUGCGCACGCAUUUCUCCCGAGUGCACCAUUGGCAGUGAGGAGACGGCUGCGCCCACGCCCACCUCUGACCGCGUGUGUGUCCCUUGUCCUGCCGGCACAAGCUGGGUGGAUGGCGAAUGCGAGAGCUGCGCGCCCGGACAGGCAGCUCCAAGCACAGGCAACGCAGGUGCUUGUGCCGAGCGUGCGUGUCCUGCUGGGACUUUCAGCGCAAACCCAACAGAAGCGUGCACGCCGUGUCCCCUCAACUCGUACCAAAAUGAAGAAGGCGCGACGUCGUGCAAGCCAGCCACCCCAUGCAGCUCCGGAGAGGAGCCGGUUGUGGGCGUGACUAGGUUCCACGACCGGCAAUGCAGCGCAUGCAGGCCUGGGUGGUUCAGCCCAGGGAAUGUCACCGCGUGCACCGCCCACACCGUGUGUGACGCUGGGCAGACGGAACUUGCUCCACCAACAACAAGUACUGACCGGCAGUGCUCGCCCUGUGCGACGGGGACGUUCAAGGCGGUGCCGGGUUCGCACACGUGCUCCAUGCCCCGCACCUGCACAGCCGGCUACGAGGAGGCCGCGCCGCCAACAUUGAUUUCAAAUCGCGUGUGCAGGGCGUGUGACAAUGGCGUGACGUUCAAGGCCGACGCCGGUCAAGAUACAACGUGCAUCCCUGUGCGCAUAUGCGCAGCCGGCAUGCAAGAGAAAUACCCGCCCUCGCUGUCAACAGAUCGUGAGUGCGAGCCGUGCCCGAGCGGAACGUUCAACCCAGAUGGCGUCAACGUGCAGUGCCGCCCAGCUGCUGCGUGCAGCGCCGGUGACUACGAGCAGGUUGCGCCUACAGUGACCUCGGACGCAGUGUGUGUUGACUGCAACAGCCAGGAUGGGUUUGAUGAUGACAGUGAUCCCACCACGUCGUGCAAGUCAGCGUCCACCUGCGACCCUACAACAGAGGUGGAGAGUGUGCCGCUGACACCGACGAGCGACCGCAGUUGCCACCGUUGCUCAUCUGGAGAAACAUUCCAGGCUGGCAACGACACGCGCGCGUGCGUGCACGUGCCAUGCCCAAACUAUGCCGUGGAAACAGCCCCACCGUCGGCGACCAGUGAUCGUGUUUGCACCAGCUAUAUUCAGUUUGUGCUUGAUGAGGACUACGACGCGCUGAUUUUGGGCCCCGAGGACGAACAGCGCUUGGCGCACACGCUGCGGCUGUGGCUGGCGGGCGUUGGUGCGGAUGUCAGCCACAUUCAGCGCAUCGACGUGACCGCUGGCAGCAUUGUGAUGACAGUGGUGACCAACAGCGUGGAGGUGGCAGAGGAGGUGCUGUAUCUCCGGUGUACCUACCCACCUGCGCUGCUGUUCAAGGGCAGCAUGCAUCAGACGCUCGUCAACUGCACGGGGGCCAAUGCCACCGCCACUCCAGGAACGCAGGCCCCGGCCUCUUCCAGCGGCACGUCCACCAACAGCAUUCAGGGCUGGACAAUUGCCGUGAUUGCGAUUGCUGUUGCCGCGAUUGUCGCUCUUGUAGUUGCGGUCGUGGCAUGGCGUAAACGCCGCACGCGCAAGCAAGACCUCGACCUGUCAGCACACGAGCACCAGUCACGCGUGUCCUUCGAAAACCCCACAUACAUGUAUGCGCCGGAUGAUGAUGGGACACCCGCGCACGUUGUGGGGUAUGCAGAUCCUGAUCGUCAUGGCAUGGAGGAAGGCACUGGCAUCUAUGACCGGGUUGGUGCACUGGGCUUUGAGGAGGACACCAUGCACCACCGCCAUGGCCAUGGGAGCGAGCAGCUGCCCGAACAUGAGCACGGCUACAUGGACGUCGCGCCAGCCGCGGAUGAACCCUCAAACGACACCACAAUUUGA